AUGCGGGGCCUCAGGCACCGGGUCGAAGGGAGGCCUCGGAAGUUCUCCACUGAACGUGGCUCCCUGCCACCUCUGCCCCCUCAGGACGCUGUGCGCAUCAUGGCCAAGGACCUGGUGCGCACGCGGCGUUACGUGCGCAAGUUCGUGCUGAUGCGGGCCAACAUCCAGGCCGUGUCCCUCAAGAUCCAGACACUCAAGUCCAACAACUCCAUGGCGCAAGCCAUGAAGGGUGUCACCAAGGCCAUGGGCACCAUGAACAGACAGCUGAAGUUGCCCCAGAUCCAGAAGAUCAUGAUGGAGUUUGAGAGGCAGGCAGAGAUCAUGGACAUGAAGGAGGAGAUGAUGAACGAUGCCAUCGACGAUGCCAUGGGAGACGAGGACGACGAAGAGGAGAGUGAUGCUGUGGUGUCCCAGGUCCUGGAUGAGCUGGGACUGAGCCUGACAGACGAACUAUCCAACCUCCCCUCCACCGGCGGCUCCCUCAGUGUGGCUGCUGGAGGGAAGAAAGCAGAGGCCGCGGCCUCCGCCCUGGUGGACGCCGACGCAGACCUGGAGGAGCGGCUCAAGAACCUGCGGAGGGACUGACUGCUCCGGGACCCCCAGGGCCUGCUCACUGUACCCCUUCUGCAAUAAAAGCGACUGGACACUA